AUGGACUCCCUUGGCUCGCGGUCCCGCAUGCGAGACGCGUCACCGACACCAGAUCCCUCCACCCAUGCCUCUCGACAGUCAGCAUCAAAGCACGGCAUGAAAAAACGAGACAUCGAAGAGCUUCGCGAAGUCAACGCUGCUGUUAUGCCCGCUAGCAGCCUCGGCCAGUUCUCCUUCGCUCCCGCUACCCGAACCACCGUUGUCACCACCACCACUACCACCACAACCAACUUCCCUCCUCUUGUAUUGAACCCACCCCGUUCGGCCCGCCAACUUGACCCGAGACUUUACCCUCUCGCCGAUAAUCCUACUCCUUCCGAAUUGCGACGGUUUCAGUUUGAACUCGGGGGACAAUCAGUUGUCUUCAACGAGCCAGAUGACACGAAUGCUACCCUGGACGAGUUAAACGAACAACAAGAGGCUUUGAGAACCUCAAAUGGCGUCUUAACCUCCGUCGCUGUCUACGAUGGCCCCAGCCAGAAGGCCACUGCUCACACUCCAGCACAUCAACCCUCCAGAGGAGCCCGUUUCAGACAUCGACAUGCUUCCCCUGUCUCUGGCUCGGAAACCGCUCGCAAAACUCGCUCUAUCGUAGCAUCAUCAGACUCACGUGGACAUACCAUGGCUAGAAGGAGUCGUCUGGGAAGAGUUGCCUCCGCCACCCAUUCAUCAACCCUCGGUUUAGCCACCCCUGAAACGGAGGCGAGUCAUUUUCGACUUGAUCACCAUGCAGUGCUCAGGAAACGGAUUCACAGUGAGAGGUUAGGCCAAAAAGUAACACAGGAUGACACUGAAGCCUCACAAACUUCAAAUCCCAGGCCGCCUCUCUUUUCAGGCAUUCGCAAUCACACUCAAGCCUCGUCCGAUAUAACACCUAUAUCAGAGCGCCGCAUUAACUCCAAACAAGAAACUCGAGAUACUGAAAAUAUCCAAUCGGCACCUGAAGGGUACGGUUCUGGGGAGACUAUGGUAGAGGACAAUGAGACAGGUCAGGAAUCUGGACCAUCCGUCGAUCAGUCGUUCGGUCCUCCAAACCUGCCUGCUAUUGACAGUGCUCUCAGCCAGGAUAUGUGCUUGCCCAGUCCGAGCUUGUCACCCGUCACUGCCAUGAAUACACACAAUCCUGACUCUUUCUUCGAGUUCACUGAAGACCAAGGAACUGAUACCGAUUCGAGCUUCGAUAACCAGGCCCCAAAUUUACCGCUUCUUACUGCUCAAAAAGCCUCCUCAAGCAUAUCCGCGAAUCCCACGGCCCACGAAAAUGCGUUGCAGUCACGAUCUACGUCUCUAAUGGAAAUCCCGGCUACGUUAGAUUUCUUUGAAUCGAUUCCCGACGAGAUGAAAACGUAUAUGAUGUAUCAACUAUUAAGACGCUGCCCUAAACCGACUCUACAGUUUGUUGCUGACGUCGUUAACCCAGCUUUGAAAUGCGAUUUCUUAGCCUUACUUCCUGCCGAACUAACUCUCAACAUCGUGAGAUACCUUGAUCUGAAGUCAAUGUGCCGAGCAGCUCGAGUUUCCAAGAAAUGGCGUCACAUCAUCAACUCUGAUGAGAGGGCAUGGAAAGAGCUGUUCGACAGGGAUGGCUACAGACUUCCUCCGGGCGAGCUACAACGUGCGAUCAAAGAAGGAUGGGGCUGGCAGUUUCCCAACGGAAGCGAUGACUGGGAAAAGGAUCUUUCGGUCUCUAUGCUGAAAUUCGAUUCCGACACUUAUUCAGCUGAUCUAUUUGCUUCUGGUGUUUUCGAAGAUGCAUCAUCUGUAGGCUCACCCUCACGUCGUCCGAAGAGAAAGGCGGCCAAUAGAACGUCGAGUCGAAAAUUAGCCCGGCGGAAACUUACGUCAUCCCAUGGGAUUGAUUCCUCAGCCCCCACAGCGGUGGACUGGGUCAAUGAGGCCACCUUGCUCGAGGGGCCUUAUGCGGCUGCAAAUGCUGCUGCCACCGCCGUCCCUUAUCCAGAGGUUGGCCUCUCGUCCCUUCGCAGCUUACAUCUGUAUAAAUCCCUCUACCAGCGUCACUUCACCAUCCGCAGAAGCUGGAUGCGUCCGGAUCUGAAGCCCAAGCACUUGGCUUUCCGUGCACAUGACCGCCAUGUAGUCACAUGCCUCCAAUUCGACACCGAGAAAAUUCUUACUGGCAGUGACGAUACCAAGAUCCAUGUGUAUGACACUCACACCGGUGCGCUGAAAUCCGUCCUCUCUGGCCAUGAAGGAGGAGUCUGGGCGCUUGAGUACUAUGGCAACACACUUGUAUCUGGGUCGACUGAUCGGUCAGUUCGAGUCUGGGACAUCGAAAAGGCCAAAUGUACCCAGGUGUUCCACGGUCAUACGUCCACUGUUCGAUGUUUGCAAAUUUUACUUCCCACCGAAGUCUGUAAGAAUCCUGACGGGACUGCGGAAAUGAUGCCUAAGGAGCCUCUCAUUAUCACUGGUUCUCGUGAUUCCAACCUCAGAGUGUGGAAAUUGCCAAAACCAAAUGAGCCUACGUAUCUCGACGCCGGGUCACAUGCAACUGAUACCGAUUGUCCUUACUUUUUGCGCUCCUUGUCUGGUCAUACACAUUCAGUGCGCGCCAUUGCAGCUCAUGGCGAUACUUUAGUUUCAGGAAGCUACGACACAACAGUACGCGUUUGGAAAAUCUCAACGGGAGAUUGUUUGCACAAACUGCAAGGUCAUACUCUCAAGGUUUAUAGCGUUGUCUUAGACGUCGAGAGGAAUCGAUGUAUCAGUGGAUCCAUGGACAAUAUGGUCAAAAUCUGGUCUCUCGACAAUGGAUCUUUACUCCACACCCUCGAAGGACAUACUUCUCUUGUGGGUCUUCUUGAUCUCAAUAGUGAUCGGCUAGUUUCUGCUGCGGCAGAUUCGACUCUACGGAUUUGGGAUCCCGAGAAUGGCCAGUGCAAAAGUACACUUACUGCUCACACCGGUGCUAUCACUUGUUUCCAGCAUGACGGUGAAAAGGUCAUUUCUGGCUCGGACAGAACCCUAAAAAUGUGGAAUGUGCGAACUGGUGAAUGUGUCAAAGAUCUCCUCAAAGAUCUUAGCGGCGUUUGGCAAGUGAGAUUCAAUGAGCGCAGAUGUGUCGCAGCUGUGCAGCGAGAUGGUAUGACAUAUAUUGAGGUUCUUGACUUUGGCGCUCACCGAGAUGGGUUCCCUGACCAACGCCUUGGAAAACGAAUAAUUGUUGAUCGUCAGGGCGUUGAGAUUCCUGACGAUGAUGAAGAUGAUUAUGACGCAACAGAAUAA